AUGUUACCAAAGCUGCUAAUUUUCUUUGGUGCAACAGUGGCUCUAGCUACUGCUGCCAUUCAUCUGGACCCUAGCAGACCGCUGCUAUUUGGAACACAACGUAUCAUUCCUCAGGCGCCCGCUAGUGAAGUGGACAGUACAGCGGCAUGGAACACGUUUUCAGUGCGGCAAAGCUAUUCGUUUGCACAGGACCUGGACGAGUUUCCGAUGCGAUACGUUACAAAUGAUCAGUUCUACGUACCGGGCGGACCUAUUUUUAUUUUCAUUGGUGGACCAUGGGAACUGGAGGCGCAUUUGGUCGAGCAAGGACACUUUGUCGACAUUGCCAGAGAAAUGAAUGGUUUUCUAGUAGCGAAUGAACUGCGCUAUUAUGGAGAAAGUAUUCCUACAGAAGAUGCAUCUCGAGAAAACUUGCGUUUUCUGAGCAUGGACCAAAUCCUACCGGAUAUCGCCAGCUUCAUCACACAUAUCAAAAACGAUGUCGUUCGAAAUCCCGGAGCAAGGGUUGUUCUCACAGGUGUUGGAUUCUCUGGUUCUAUUGCCCUGUGGACGCGUAAGCGGUAUCAACAUUUGGUGCAAGGCGUGUGGUCCGCCGGUGGCAUGGUUGAAGCCAGUGACGAUUUUAGAAGAUUUUCCGAAGAAGUUGGUGAAAAUAUUCGCCGUUUUGGAAGUGACGACUGCUAUAACGCUAUUUGGCAAGGUUUCGGAAUUACCGAAAAUUUGCUUGAUGCUGGUCUCUCCACCACUGUCGAUCAAUUAUUCAAUGUAUGCACUCCGAUUGUAGCGGAUGAUCCAUUGGAUGUGGCAGCUUUCUUCAAUGGAAUCUUCAACGAAAUCUCGAUGCUGGCAGUCAACAUAAACCUUCGUGAGAAUAUCGAAGAUAUGUGCCGGGUUCUAACGGAUCCUGAUCAACCUAAUGGACUCACCGCUUUAUCUGACUGGUUGACUGGCAUUUUCCCGGAUACCGAGUGUCUCACGAUGGAUUUCCAAAGCGUCGUUAAUGCUUACCAAGUUACUAACUGGGAGGACGAAAUGCUCCGGAACGGAGAACGCCAGUGGUUGUUCCAGCGAUGCACGUCGCUCGGAUGGCCUCUAACCAGUGGCUCCCUGUACCAACCAUUCGGCAACCGGAUAACUCCAUAUCUUUUCCUUGAACUAUGCGAGCGUCUGUUUGACGACUGGCUUUCACCACAAGUUUUCCGGUCCCUUGUAAGAAAUACUAACAUGUUUUUCGGAGCCGGCAGUCCUGAUGUACAACGCGUAACGUACACGUAUGGUUCGUUGGACCCAUGGCGGUACACCGGUGUGAGAUAUGCUUAUGAAGACUCCUAUGUUAGGAUCAUCCAAGGUGCAACACAUGGCGAAGAGAUGGCUUCCCUUUCAGAAGACGAUUCAUUUGAGCUUCGGAUGGCCAAAGAACGGGUUUCUCAGGAUAUUCGCCGGUGGGUAUACGCUCGUCCUCCCGGUCCGCCUUGA